GUGGUUCAGUCCGUGUGUCUAGCAUUUUCGCCUACAAAAUGGGCACCCUUCUUUCAUCCCAUCACUCAAAACCCUAUUCGGCCGCACAUCAGAUACACCUACCUAACCAGCACGUAGUACAGCUUCUCCUCCUCUUCCUCCCCCGGACGGCGGGCGUGCAGAAGCUGAUCAUGCCGCCGGAGAAGGCGCGGCUCGUCGACAUCAUGUCACUGCUGCUCCUGCGCAGGCGGGUCACCAGCUGCAACACCUUGGUCGACUCCGGGGACCAGGACAGAGUCCUAGAUAACACGCCAGGCGACCUGCUCGUCGCACUCACCCAGCUGAUCCAGAAGGCCCUCGCCGCUGCCUACUACCCAGCCAAGUGGUUCGGCGCCGUCGUCGAGUUUCUCCUCAACUUCUUCGCGGUCAACGGCGGCUUAUUUGGGAUCAUAGGGAGCACCAUGAGAUGUACGUACCUACACGUAAUUAUUUAAGUACUUUACGUAUAUAUGAGCAUAUCGAUCCUGAGUCAGCAUCAGCGUGCAUCAUGCAUGGAUGAUCUUAAUUCAUCUUGAAAAUGAGGACACGCACGCACCAAAGCUAGCUUAUAAAUCAAAGAAGCAUUUCAGCGGACCUACAAAUUAACGUAGUGGUACGUAUGGGAGGAACACUUUUAACGUAUUAUACGUAUGUUUUUUUACAUCACACGAUGCAACACACUCAUAACUUAUAUUCAUGUGUGUAUUUCCUCCCUCAUAAGUUUUCUUCAGGAAAACCACAUGCUUUUGCAUAACACAAUGCAACACACUCAUAACCGAUAUUCAUGUGUGUAUUUCCUCAUUGAUAAGUUUUCUUUAUGGGUAACUUUUGUGUUUUCAGGGUUCUUAAACUAGUUUGGCAUAAUUGUUAAUAUAUGCAAGUCGCGACCCAUAUCAAAUCCUGAUGUGCGUGUAGACAUACUAUCAUAAUAACUUUGACUACUACUCCUCCGUCAAAGACACUUAUUUUGGGACAGAGGGUGUAUUAGAUUGGUAAUAACAUAAAACAUGACGCUUCCUUCAGUACACCCUCUUAAUUUUCUUUAAAAAGAAAAUUGUGUUUAAUACUUCCUCUAUUAGAUUACAAAGAAAUCCCUAGGUGCCACAUGCUAAUGACUGGCAGAUCGAUGCGUGUAGUGUUCAUCCUCCGUUUGGAUUUAUUAUUAGCCGUCUUUGUAUGUUGUGUUAAAUUUUAACUUUAGAUUUAAUUGAAAAAUAUAAAUAUAUACCACAAAACUAGUACCAUCAGAAACCGCUUUCGAAUACAAAUAUAAUAUAAUUUUUGCGACAUACAACUUAUGUUUUGCUUGUUAAAUCAAUGGUCAAAACUUGAGAGAAAAUACGGGUAGAAAAUAAACCUGGAUGGAGGAAGUAAUUUCAUAUGAGACUCACAACAGAUAGAUGGCGUUGCUAUCAACAUGGGCUAGGUUCAUUGUGACAGGGGACGAGUUCAAUUAGUAGGUGAUAAGACGUGUCGGGGCAAGCUCCUGUUUUUGCAUCGCACAAUGAAAAGCACACUCAUAACCUAUAUUUCAUGUGUAUAUUAUCUCCCUAAUACGUUAUCUUUAUGGGUAUCUUUUAUGUUUUUAUGGUUCUUACACUAAUUUGCAGAAUUAUUCGUCACUGUCCAUAUCAAAUCUUGACGUGUGUGUAGACAUGCUAUUACAAUAACUAUGAAUACCAUUAGAUUGGCAAAAUAAAAUAUGAGGCUUCCUUUGGUACACCCUCUUAACUUCUCCUGAAAAUGCUAGUUUUGUCUCCCGCAGUUAGACUACAACAAAAAUCCCUAGGUGUCACAGGCUGAUGACUAGCAGAUCGAUGUGUGUGGGGCUCAAACCCCAUCCAGGUUUGUCGUUUUCAUAUUUUGGGUCAAAUUCUGGCACUUGAUUUAAUAAAAAUAAAUAAGUUAUAUACCACAAAACUAGUACCAUUAAAAACCUCUUUCGAAUACAAAUAAAAAAGUAUAACUGUUUCUGACAUACAACUUAUGUUUUGCAACUAAAAUAUGUUGUCAAAAUUUAAGACAAAAUACGAGGAGGAAAUAUACCUGGACAGAGGAAGUACUUUUGUAAGCGCCUCUCCAAUGCUGAUACUCACAGGGCUAGUUUCACUGUGAGAGGACAUGGACUCAAGUAGUAGGUGACAAGACGUAUCUGGGCAAAGCACAAGUUUUUAGGAUUCUUACACUAA